GUCAAAUGGGAGGGGUGAUGUGGGGACCUUGAGAAAAAUCAUGAAUAAAGGCUUUCUCUCGGGCUUUCUAUAUCUUUUUUGUAUCUUCAAUAUUUUCAGAGGUGAACCUAGGUUCCUUAAUCCUUGCCUAGAUUCCGUGUGUCUAUCACAAACAGUGACUUAUAAGUGUGAAAGUGGAUCACCAUUUCUUCUAAGGUGGAGAGUACUUGAUACUAAUGGUCGUCAGUAUGCUUUAACAGUGGCGUAUAUAGAUGGAAAUAGUAUAAGUAGGAUAGAUCCUAUUGGUAAUGAAUUCACUACUGUGCUGAUUAAUACAACUGGUGUAAUUGUUUCUACUAUAACAUUCACUGCUGUGAUAAACAUCAAUAAUUACCUUAUUGAAUGUGGACCGGAUUUUAUCACACUAGUUAACUGUUCUAUAGUGAUACCAGAUAUUCUACCUGCUCCUGUUGCUAACCCUCUCACUUUUGGUUCUACUCAUUUUACCUUCUCUUGGUCACCAUCAACUGGUCAAUGUUUCACCAAUUAUGCUGUUAGCAUUACUAGUUCAGUUAGUAAUGUUACAUACGUGACUAAUGAUACUAGUCUGGUUAUACCUAUAUCUAAAUCAUUUAACGAUACAGAAUAUUCUGUUAGUAUAGGAGCUGUUGAUACUGGAGGUAGAUAUAAUAGCUCUGAAGUAAUAAGAUUUACACCUAAUGUUCCUUUAUUUGUUACUAAUCUGAUGUUAACACAAACUGAUUAUCCUACUGAUACUAAUGAAACUGUUAACAUCACUGUAUCAUGGAAUGAACCACAGUCAUCAUCUCGUCCUCCUGCAACUCAUUAUAAAAUUCAGUAUAACAUUUCUAAUGAAAUUCAGAAUAAAUCAACUAAUGUUACUUCACAAACUCUGUCUGGUUUUUCAGUUGGUUUAGUGUAUACUGUUUCAGUGGAGGCUGUUAAUGUAUUAGGAACUGGUACUGUUACAUCAGCUACAAUAACUAUAAUAAUUGCUACACUGCUACCCCCUGAAACUAGUGCAUCUGUUUCUUCCCUUACUUCAUACAUUAUUAGUUCAACUCCAAGUACUACUCAAACUACUCCGAGUGUUUCUGUUACUGAAGGUUGUAAUUGUGCCUCCAGUACUACUGUACCUAUUGUAGUUAGUGUAUCAGUGACAUUUAUACUGACAGCUAUACUGUCUUCAACACUGUCAAUAAUACUGACACUGCUGUGUGUUAGGAGCAGAUCUAAUAAACCAGUUGAACAGGUUAAACCAGUUGAACAGGUUAAACGAGAUGAGGGAGGAACAACAGCAUCAGUUGCUGUGUAUGAUGAGAUCACUACUACUAAAGGAGGAGCCACCAGUUCUGUUCCACUAACAAGUAAUCCAGCUUAUGGACCAUUGAGAAAUUAAUGUACUCAUUUCAAGUUGUUUUUA